ACACAACACACCUCCCUCCCCCGGCGUGCUCGUUCUCUCCUUCUGUCACCACAGACUCUCCACCGAUUCACCACCGGCUGCCUCAUCCAGGCAUGGCAGACGGCUUUACCCCAUCAUGGCAGUGCUACAUUACACCCUUGACUUCAAGCUCCGUGCGCCAGCUGAUGUCUCUGCGACUGUGCGUGGCCUGCAGUCUAUAUUUCAAGAGCAGGAAAUGACAGAGAAUGUCCACGACUCGGAGGGACAAGGAUAUCUGGCAACCUUCGUCGGCAAGAAUGGCAGGUUUGCCAUCUUACGAAUGCACUCCCAUGGUCUGGUGACCUUUGACCUGCAGUGUCUUGAAGGGGAUGAUGUAGUGCAAGUGGACAAUCUACUGAAUGCACUGGAGAAGAAGUUAAAGGCUCUCCUGGAUGGAAAUAUCCAAAGGAUCAAGAGACUCCCUGCGCUGAUUCGAGGCAGUGAUGUGGACCGAUACUGGCCCACGGCUGACGGCAGGCUGAUGGAGUACGACAUUGAUGAAGUUGUGUACGAGAAGGAAUCCGCCUACCAGAACAUCAAAAUCCUGCAUUCGCGGCAGUUUGGCAAUAUGCUUAUUCUUAACGGGGAUGUCAAUCUGGCAGAAAGUGAUCUGCCCUACACUCAGGCCAUUAUGGGCAGCGGCAAAGAGCACUAUGCUGGAAAGGAGGUACUUAUUCUGGGAGGAGGAGAUGGUGGAAUUCUCCAUGAGGCGGUGAAGCUCAAACCAAAGAUGAUCACCAUGGUUGAGAUUGAUGAGCUGGUGAUUGAUGGAUGCCGUAAACACAUGAGGAAGACGUGUGGGAAUGUUUUAGAUAACUUGAAGGGAGAUUGUUAUGAGAUUUUGGUUCAAGACUGUGUUCCCGUACUUAAAAAGUUUGCAGAGCAAGGGAGGACGUUUGAUUACGUCAUUAAUGAUUUGACAGCUGUACCUAUUUCCACUGCACCGGAGGAGGAUUCGACAUGGGAAUUUCUGAGACUCAUCCUUGACCUCUCUAUUAGAGUUUUGCGGCCUAGUGGAAAAUAUUUCACGCAGGGUAAUUGUGCGAAUCUGACUGAUGCACUCAGUGAAUAUGAAAAGCUUUUGGGGAGACUUUCGUGCAAAGUGGACUUUUCCAAAGAGGUGGUGUGUGUUCCCUCAUAUAUGGAGCUAUGGGUGUUUUACACCAUCUGGAAGAAGUAAUGUCUCUUCCUCCUCCACUCUCUCCUCGAAAGUCCUGCCGGAAUGUGAAGACUUCUCCCUCACCUCUGAUGCACUGAGGAGAGACGUGCACAUAUCUCUCCAAGCACUGUUUCUGUUUCUACUCUCCCUUCACGUCCAAAACUUAACAGCCUUCCUCUUUUUUUUUGACAUGGCUAUUUGCAUUUUUGUGUUUGAAAUUUGACUGGGAUGGUUGUUUUUGUUUGUUUGCCAGCGUUGGUUUGAUGUUGUUUGCGUGGGGCCCUCCAGGGUGCGCUGUGGUGCGAGGUGUGUGAGUGACACUGCUGAUGAUACUGAAGCCUGGAGGGUGGCGAAGCAUUCAGACACUUUUCUGACUCCUGCCUUUGAGGAUUUACUCUUAUGAUUCAGAUUUGACAAUGCUCUUUCUGUUUUACUGUAGCUCCAUAUUUUUUCUUUUUGUUGACCUCUGUGUUUGAAUUUUUUGCAUCCUUUUGUAACUGCUUGCUUGAGUGUGAUUUGAUUUAAGAUUCCUCACCGGGAGUUUAUUGGCAGUGUUACAUUCUGGGAUUUCACCAAAUACUAGUCUAUUGAAGCCCCUAAAUAUGUCUUAAAAGGGAAAAAAGUCCUUGCUGUGGCAAUUUUCAUUUUCUUUUUUCUGAACUGUGAAUGUUUAAUUGUUUUAUGAUUAGCACAAACUAGGUCCAAAGUAGGUUUCCCUGCUUAGUGUUUUUGCAUUUCUUAAGAGAGAAGUUUUUACUGAAUGUAGGCCACUUAGAUUCAUGCCUUUUAUCCAUAUUAUGGUGCUUCGUUGAUAUUAUUUAUUUUAUUUCACCAUAUACCAGUGAUCCUGCCCUGAAAAGAAACUUCUGUUAAUGAGAGUGAUAAUCAUCUAUUAAAGCAAUUAAGGAGAAAAAUAUCAAA